AUGGGUUUUUUCGAGAAACUCAGGCGUCGUUUUGGAAGAUCGAAAGAAAGUGUUGGUGAAUCGAAGAUUUCAUUCUUGCGAUUUCCUCCAGAAAUUCGAUUGGCCAUUCUGCGUCAUCUUCAUGUUGAAGAAAAUUUCAAAUUGAUGAGAGUUUCGAGAUAUUUACGGAAUCAACUCAUUCGAAAUGGGAUUACAAUCGAUAAUCUUAGUGAUUCAUGCUAUCAAAUCCGUUCAUUUACCCAUGAAAACACUUUAACGGGGAUUGAUGUGAAAAUUUUGAGAGAAGAAGAUGAAUUUGCAUCUCAAGAAGCCGACUAUUUAUUGAAAGGGAUCGAAAAAAAUGAUUUGAUUUUUCGAAAAUUUUGUCGUUGGCGAAAUUUGAAUCUUCAUUUCUGCAUUGAAGAAGUUAAGCUUAAAAAUGAAAAGAAAAUUUUUGAUGAAGAAAAAUUUGAUCUGCGCAAAUAUCUGCCAAUGAUUCGCUCAAUUUGCCGUAUGAAAAUUGAUGCUGAUCAUCCAAAAGCAUGGAAACAAAUGAAAAGUUUUCAAGUCGAAGUCACCGAUAUUUGCUCAAUUUACUUUGAUCAAAUGAAAAUCGAUAACGUGAAAGGGGAAAUUUUCGAGCUUUUCUCUCAAUGGAUCAUUCGAAACUUGAGAAAUUGUCACUUUUUCUUUUGCAACAUUGAGAUUCCAAAGAUUUUUCCGAUUUUAAAGCAAACCAACAUCGAACGGAUUCAUUGUGCGACUUUUGAGACAAAGAUUUUCCUUGAAUCAAUCAAAUGUAUACUUGAAAAUGGGAUACCAAGUGAAAAUUUGGACGGAACUUUCAAAUUAUUGAUUUACGAAAAGGGGAUCAGAGAAGACUUGUACAAUGUAAGGAAUUUCUAUGAAAAAGCUCAAUCUUUAUUGUACUAUGAAAAGCAAUUGGAUGGUGAUCAUGAGUGUCUUUGUGAGCAUUACAAUGGAAAUGAAAACUGGCAACCAUUUGUGAGGAAAGCGUGCUUCGAGAGGCGAAUUUCCGGCGCUCAAAAGAGAAUCUACACAUUGGCGAUCGUAAUUAAAAGGCAUUAUAUUGGCGAGAAUGUUUACUUUUAUGCAAGAAAUUUACAUUGU